AUGAGUCCAACGAACGGCGGCAGCGAAGACCAGAACACUGCUAACAAAGAUGUCGUCAGAUGUGAUGAGGUCGAGCGCCAAUCAUCCUCAGAGGGCAAACCGGAGCAGACCCAACAGUUCUCUGAGGCGGAGAUUCAAGGCCGUUUCGAUCUCCUCCGCGACCUGAACAAUGCCGAGAUGGAGCAACUCAACAAGAGCGUGGUGAAGAAGAUCGACUGGCGCAUGAUGCCUACGAUUACACUGAUGUUCCUCAUGAGGUCAGCCUUUUACCUCGACCGCAUCAACGUCUCCAACGCCAGAUUGGCCGGCAUGCAGGAAGACCUUCACAUGUCAGACACCAUGUGGAACCUGGGCAUUUCGACGUUCUACAUCGGGUAUCUCGUUGGUCAAUUGCCUGGAAACUUGUGGCUCGCCAAAGCCAAUCCUCGAUGGUUCCUCCCCUCGACCAUGGUGGCCUGGGGCGCGGCGACCAUUUGCACGCCUGCUCUGAAGAACGGUCCCGGAUUUGCCGUGUUGCGAUUCGUAACUGGUCUCGCCGAAGCUCCUUUUUUCCCUGGCAUCACGCUUAUGACUUCGUCUUGGUACAACAAGCACGAGAGCCCCACGCGCAUGGCCGUAUGGCACGCAGGCAACACCAUCUCCAACAUCAUCUCCGGCUUCCUUGCCGCAGGAAUCCUCACCACGAUGGACGGGAUCUCGAACCUGCACUCGUGGCAAUGGUUCUUCCUCAUCGAAGGAAUCGCGACGUUCGUCAUCGCGUUGUCGGCCUACGCCCUGCUUCCCGACUGGCCGCACAACACCAGGUUCCUCACGCCAGCCGAGCGAGAGAUGGCGCAGUACCGCAUGCUCUGCUCCAACGGCGGCCAGGAAGAGACGGCAGGUGGGACCUGGGAUGGCCUGAGAGACGCCGUCAAGGAUCCGUUUACCUGGAUCUUCUGCCUCAUGCACUUCUCUCUCGUCACGGCCCAGUCUUUCAAAGACUUCUUCCCAUCGAUCGUUAAGACUUUCGACUUCGGCGAGCUCACGACGUACUUCAUCCAAGCUCCCCCAUAUGCAUUCGCCUACGCCUUCGCGUGCGCGUGCGCCUGGUCCUCGGGCCGCAUGCAAGAAUCCUUCUGGCACGUCGUGCUGCCCAUCAUCGGCAGCGCCGUCGGUGUUUCCGUCCUCAUCUCGACGAUGAACAUCGGCGCCCGCUACUUUGGCCUCUUCCUGCUGAUCUCGGGCACUUACAACGGCCUCAACCUGCAGCUGUCGUGGGAGACGUCGGUGGUGCCGGCGCCGAGGAGCAAGAAGGCAGCGCUGAUCGCCAUUGCGAAUUGCCUUAGUCAGGUCAGCCACUGGUUCAGCCCGUACUUCUGGCCGCGCUCGCACGAGCCGUUCUACCGUCUCGGCGGUGGUCUGGUGCUGGUCGGGUGUGCGUUGGUUGUUGUGUCUGCGUCGUUGGCCAAGUGGCGUGCGAUCAAGUUGAACAAGAAGCUGGAUGAAGCAGAGGGGUAUUCGGAGCACUCGGGCGUGGAGCGCGGUUGGAGAUAUGUCUCUUGA